AUGGAUAAACCAAAAUUUAAAAGAACAAAAGUGGAAAAACUCGCAGAGAAAAUGGAACCUUUGGUUCCCCCGAACUUCCUACAAAACGAGAAUACCGCUAAAUUGAUCCUUAAAGCGACGAAAAAUAUGAAUGUUGACGAUCCUGCUAUCUUUAUCCAAUAG